AUGGUCCGAGGCUUCCGCAAGGACCGAAUGCGGAGUGUCAAGGUACACAACCUGCUUGGCUUUGCAUUGAACAUCACACCAGCAAAGGGACGAGCAGAUAGCAUCAAAGGGAAAGGGAUCAGCGAAAAGCAUCAAAGGGGAAGCCUCGACACAAAGGCUACCGUUCGAAUUUCAUCUGUCGUGGGAUUCACUUGUGCAGAUUCCGAAUCAAAGAUCACGAAACUUCCAUUCCUAAACAGCAACUUCAUCGGAAAAUGUGGAAAUGCGAGGGGCGAAAUUUCAAUCUGCGAACAUUUCAAGCUGCGACUCCCCUUGCCGUCGGACCCUUCUAACGCCGCGCGACCUCUGUGUGGCUCCUGGACCCCUGCUUGGCAACACUGUACCUUGCUGCUGCUCGAUGGAUUGCCACCUGACUGA